AUGGGGGUGCCGUGCCCCCUGCUGGGCCUGGGCCUGGCACUGCUCUGGGCCUCUGUGGCACUGGCUGACGUCCUAGUGCAGCCCGACUUUGAUGCCAAAAAGUUCUCAGGCCUGUGGUACGUGGUCGCCGUGGCGUCCGACUGCAAGGUCUUCCUGGGCAAGAAGGGCCACAUGCUGAUGUUCACCAGCGCGGUUCAGGCCGCGGCGGACGACGGCCUCCGUGUCCACUCCGAGUUCCCUAGGGCCGACGGCUGCCACCAGGUGGACGCCGACUACCUGAAGGAGGGCUCCGAGGGCCACUUCCGCGUCCCAGCCCUGGGCUUCCUGGACGUGCGCAUCGUGGACACGGACUACGACUCCUUCGCGGUGGUCUACAUCUACAAGGAGCUGGGGGGCGCGCUCAGCACCAUGGUGCAGCUCUACAGCCGCACCCAGGAUGCGAGCCCCAAGGCCAUGGAGGCCUUCCAGGACUUCUACCCGACCCUGGGGCUCCCCGAUGACAUGAUGGUCACGCUGCCCAAAUCAGAUGCCUGCUCAGCAGGGGGCCAGGAGGCACCCUGACACCUCCGGCAUCACCUCGGCCCCUUCCAGGGCGAGCUUGGAGCACCAGGAGAGGGGACCCCGAGGACUGGAGACCCCUGCCCCUUGCCCCCCUUCUACCCUUCCAUCCAAUAAACAUUGUGCAGCCA